UACCGCCUUGUGCAAUGGCAAUGACUGAAGAUAGUGACAACGCCAGCCAACAGGUGGACGCGCUGAAACCGAAGAUGAGAUGUUCCUGCAGGAAUGUGGCUGAAGUGUGCUUAGGUAAUCAGGAUAUUACUACCAUGUCCAUGUUAUUAUGUACUAAACUGAUGCAGAUGAGCACCAAGCGGCCUAUCUAGUAGCGG